AUGUCUUCCACAGCAGCCGGAACAACCAGCUCGACAGAAGCGGCCGCAUCGACAGCAGCCGCCGCAUCAACCGCAGCCGCCGCCUCGAGUACGACGCUGGCCACUUCUACAAGAUCGUCGUCAACCUUCGUCUCUCCGGCCGCCGUGACCGUGGCCUUGACCACGACCUUCACUCCACCGCCGGCAUGCACCGAGAACCAGCUAACGCUGCUGUCUUCGCCAUGGUACAACAUCUGGCUCAACGAGCCGUCGCCAGUCCCUGGAUCGCUGUUCACCGACUGCUACCCGUCCCAGUUCAUUAGCGGGUACACGUCCGUCUUUAACAUGACCAGCUCCAUUGCUCCGGUCUUCAGCCCGCUCGUCUGCCCGGAGGCAUGGGAAACUGUCAACACCUUCUCGAGUAGCUACAUUGCAUGCUGUCCUUCGUAUGUCGUCCUCUUUCCUUUAGUGCAGUCCCGAUUGCGUAACCUCUACAAAAUCUACUUCAAUUCGAAGAUGAGCUCUGGCUUCGGGACUUCACGCGGUUACGCUCUUCACCCGCCCGCCACUACCGUGGACACCAACAGACCAGCAUAUGGCGGAACAUGUUACAGCCCUGUCGUGCUGGGCUCAACCUACACCGUCACCGCAUACAACGCAUCCACCUUGACGGCAACCCAGGCAUGGCCAGCCACGAACUCGGGUGACCAAUUUUUCGCACACGUCAUCGAAGGCUACGCUCUCUCGUUAUCAGAAUCGUCCUCCUCCUCCACCGCCUCCGCCUCCGCAUCGGCCUCGUCCUCCACCAUCCCGACCGUCACCGCCACCCCGUCCAGCGAUUCGUCGUCCAUCUCCGGCGGCGCCAUCGCCGGCAUCGUCAUCGGCGUCUGCGCCGCCCUCGCCCUCCUCCUCGCCGGCGUCUUCUUCUUCCUCCGCCGCCGCCGCCAAGCAUCCGCCAAAGCCGCAGCAGCCGCAGCCGCAGCAGCAGCAGGAGCAGCAGAAAACGGCCACGGCCGCACCUCCGGGCACGAAGUCGACGGCUCGGACACGUACCACGAGAAGGUUGGGGAUCAGGAGUACCGCAGGGAACUGCCGGGCUGGCCGGGUUCGGAGGGCGGCGCGACGCACGAGAUGGAGUCACCUUCGGUGGCGCACGAGCUGGAGACGAGGGGGCCGGUCGAGUUGGAUGCGAGCGAGAGGUUGAAGCCUGGGGAGGGGGAGUCGGAGAAGGCGAGGAGGUCGGGGGAUGUGUGA